AUGGCGGCAGCGUCCUGCGGGCGGGAGCAGGGAGCGAGCAUGGCCGCCCUGGCCCGGCUGCAGGAGAGGCUGGAGGGACUCCGGGAGGAGUAUUUCCUCACGAACAGAGCUAUAGAUGAAGACAGAAAAAGAAAGUACAAAGCUGCUGUCAAGAUCCAGCGCUGGUUUCGAGUAUGCAGAUUACAAAUCUGUCUGAGGCAUCUGACCAAAAUGGUGAUUUUGAUACAGAAGUGGUGGAGAGGUUAUCUAAGAAGAAAACACUUCAGAGAAAUAGUGGAGAGAGCAUAUUUUAUUAAGAAGCUGAAAUUCUACAAUGAAAUGGCUGUCAGGAUCCAGAAAACGUGGCGAGGCUAUUACGUUCGGAAGUAUAUCCAUAAUUUUUAUGCACUGAAGAAAUACCUGAAAGCUGUUUCUAUGAAUAAUGAGUUUGUCAGGCAUGAACUUCAAGAGUACACAGAAAUGAAGGAAAAUGAAGAGAAAAUGAAAGACCUAGAAAAGAAAGACAAGGAAAAGAAAUACCAAGCCCGAAAGAUGCAUUACCUCCUUAGCACUAAGCAGAUUCCAGGCAUCUACAAUUCGCCACUCAGGAAAUCCCCAGAUCCAAUGGAACUGCUGCUACGGAAGUCAAAGCCACUGACCCACAGAAAGCAGCCAGAGAAGAGCCCCUUUGCUGAUGAGCUCUAUGGCUGGCCAACUUGUAAAGAGCCUCCAGCUUUUGUCACAUCACUGCCUCUGCUACCUGCUGACAGACAGAAACCUCAGGGGCCUUUCCGUGAUCCUGCUGAAGUGCUGCGGCAGCGCUACAAGCCUUUGGAACCAACCCUGCGAGUGAGAGAAUCGAUGUACUCAGCACCAGGCAAGGCCAGAGAGCCAACACGGAGGGAGGAAUGGAGAAAUCCCAUCCAUGACAAUGAAUUUCUGCCAUUUUCUUCAUAUCAUAAAAAUUAUGAGAAGUAUGAGCCAUCACUUUUUAAGUCAGACAAAUAUGGCCAAGAAGCUUAUGGAACUAAAUAUUUCAGAGAAGUAUAUCCUAAAAAGUGGGUAGCAGACAAGGACUUUGAAACAUUGUUUUCAUCAAUUGCUCUCUUUGAAAAGUUUGGAAAAACUUACUCCAGCACUGGGCAAAUAGUGUAAUUGUCCUGGAGACUGAAAAGCUUGAGACACAUGAAAAGUUGUCAAUAAAUGUAUUGCAGAAAAUACAUGGCAGCAUGUUGACUGAAUGUCCCAUAAAAUAUGCUUUUUGUU